ACCGUGGCACCGAGUGGCACGUCCAGUGUUUUAACACGUCCAGGGAUGGUGACUCCACCACCUCCCUGAGCGGGCCAUUCUGUUAUGUAACGACCCUUUCCGUGAAGAUUUUCUUCCUGAUGUCCAACCUAAACGUCCCCUGGCACAGCUCAACACUAUGUCCUCAUACAGCCAGCUGUCUGGGAGAAGAGGCCGAUCCCCAUCUGGUUCCUUUCAUGCGCAAGUUUUUGCACACUGAGAUGUACUUGUCUGUCAGAUGGGGAGCUGAAAGCAGCAAUGCGGCUGCAAGGAUUGGCACAAGGGAGCUGCUUCAAGGCUCUGUGAUUAAACGAAGCUGCUGCAACACACUGCAGUUGGAACAGGGUGAGAUUCUUGAUGCUCAACAGCAAACGAUGAGCAUGGCUGAUUUUAUCACUUUCAAAGUGACUAUAGAUUGUCUUGCUUCUUCAAUUUUAGCACAAUCUUUGAAAAAUAACCCUUUGGACAUUGCAGUGUUUGGAGAAGAAAUGUCUGUUUCAGAAGCCUGGAGCUAUAUGGAUAGUGCUUAUUUUGGGAAUAAAGUCCUUGGUGGAUCAGUGCUUGAUACGGUGAAAAGAAAGAUCAGGGUUGCGAUGCCUGGUCUGGAAAGGAAUGUGGACACAACCUUUUGCUCACGUAGGACCUCAUACUUUUGGAAUCAGGGACUUUGGCAAAACACCGCUUGUGGAAAUAAUCGGCGUCGGGAUGCUCCGCUUUGCUCCGUGGUACGCCUUGCUUAG